AAAAAUAAAAGACAAAUUAGUAUAACUCCUCCGGUAUGAGACGACUACCGAGUUUUAUCAAAUACAGUUAUUAGAAGAGUAACCUCCCUUUAAGAAAUAUGGCAGCUAGAAAUCCUGGAGUAGAAUUUGAUCCAGCCUGGAUACAGAAUGUAAACAUUAACUUGCCAGCAACAAAACGAAGAGCAGAACAGUUAGGUCUUAGAAGAACUGUCAAAAAACAGUGGCAGGCAGCAUGGGAGUUACGCGCUGUGUCAUGUAUAGAUCUAACAACUCUAGCAGGGGAUGAUACUCUUGCCAAUGUCAACAGACUCUGCUUCAAGGCUAAGAAUCCUGUACGACCAGAUCUUUUGAAGGCCAUGGAUAUGGCCGAUGCAGGUCUAACAGUUGGAGCAGUAUGUGUUUACCCAAGUCGUGUAUCUGAUGCCAUAAACUCGUUGAAAGCCGCUGGCGGGAGCCAUAUUCCAGUAGCUUCUGUUGCCACGGGUUUCCCGACUGGUCAGACACCUUUAAAGACACGCCUUGAGGAAAUCCGCAUGGCUGUUGAAGAUGGAGCUCGUGAAAUUGAUAUUGUUAUUAACAGACAGAUGGCACUCACUGGAGAUUGGAAAGGUGUUUAUGAGGAGGUUAAGCUAAUGAGAGAGGCAUGUGGUGAGGCACACAUGAAGACAAUUCUAGCUACAGGAGAACUGGGAAGUCUUGCCAAUAUCCACAAGGCCAGUAUGGUGUGUAUGAUGGCAGGAGCUGACUUCAUUAAAACAUCAACAGGUAAAGAAGGUGUGAAUGCUAUAUUGAUGGUGGCUCUGGUCAUGGUAAGGGCCAUCAGAGAGUACUUUGAGAGAACUGGUCAUAAGGUGGGCUUUAAACCUGCUGGAGGAAUAAGGUCUGCCAAGGAUGCUUGUACCUGGUUAUCUUUGAUGAAAGAAGAGUUAGGGGAUGAAUGGACCACGCCCGCUUUGUUCCGGAUAGGGGCAAGCAGCCUACUGAUUGACAUAGAACGUCAGUUGUUCCAUUUUGUGUAUGGAAGAUAUGCGGCGUCACACGAGAUCCCAAUGUCGUAAACACAAAUGAUAUCUAGUCUCAAGCUUAUAGAUUUAUGAUUGAAGACCAGUCUUUAAAAUCUCUUCUUUGAUCGGUCAAUUUUAAAUUUUGGUCAUGAAUCAGCCAAUCAGAUAUCAGACAUUAAGACUGGUCUUCAUUCUCAAAUGUUAUAAUGCUUACUGUCUGUAACCCUUACAAAAGAGACCUCUGAAUAUGAAAAAUUAAGAUGUUUUGAAUAACUAUAUGAACUAAAGUUGAAUUCAGUUUUAAAACUUUAGAAAUGCUAGCUAUUUCUUACCAUUAAGUAUGUACAGAAUGUGAUUUGAUGCUAGGUUCUAGUUAUAUAUAUGAUAUAUCAAUGACAUUUUAUGAAUAAAUUCCAGAUCAAUUACUUCUUAAGAAUAUAUGUUUACAUGAUUUUAAUGUAAGAUAUGGUGCUGAAAUUUAAAGGAAUUCAUACAAAACAGUAAUAUUUUGAACAAAAUUGGGCAUUUUCCAUUAACAUUCAUCUAAUUACAUGUUAAAACAGGUAAGAAUUAUAUGUUGUACUUUGCAAAACAUUCCAUUAUAAAAUUAUGGCAAACAACAUGUAAAGAUUAUUUUUUGUUAAGGUAGACAACUUUGAAUGUAAAAAAAUCAUUUUUUAUGUUUUACAUUGUUCCUGCCCUUGAAGUCUCAUUCUAUUGAAUAAGAAUUUUCUAUUUGAUAUACAUGGUAUGUUCACGGAAAAACGGGAUAACUAAAAAGAAAUAGUGUUCAAAAUGUUUAUACAUGUAUGUGCUGUAUUGUUUUAACAGUUGAAAUAAGAUUAUUAUGUCUGUAACAUAGUAUAAAUGUUGCUAUUUGUUCUGUACCAGUCCGGUCUGGUUAUGUAUUAUAAUGAUAUCAGGAUAUAUACAUGUACAUACUAUGUACAUUAUGUUUUCAGUUUUAAAUGAUACGGCUGUUAUUGACUUAAAUCACAAGUAUAGAGCCAUACCAUUCUGCAUCACCAUGCUUUUGACCAGGCUAUAUACUGUAGACUGGUUUAUUUUAUAAUUAUGAUACUCAAUUUUUUUGCAUUUACAAUGGACAAUUCAGAUUAGAUAUUUAAGCAGAAUGGGUCUAGUAUAAUACAUUGUAUUUUACCACGGAUAAGGUUUAAGUUUUGAAGUAACUAGUGAUAUGUUUACACACUAUUCACUCUGCGUUUAAACCAUCUAAAAGGUAUCAGAUUAUAAGACUAAUGUAAAUGUAAGAAACCUUUACACUUAAAGUUAAAUGAGCCGUGUCAUGACAAAACCAACAU